CCGUGGUCUGCUCCCGCAUACCGAAACCUAAACCGAGACAAAUACGAUAUAUUCGGCACCUGGCCAAACCUACUGCAGGACCAGUGGUCAUAUGCUUGGGUGGCCUGUUCCCGGACAGCCCAUCCAACCUUAUUCCAGCCACCCACUGGCCACAGCUUGUGAUCUUUCUCCUUCAGAAACGUCGUUGCUUUUACCAGUACUACUACCUCCUUGAUUGCCCUCAUCUCCAUGUAUCAGUUUCCAAGAUGCCUCUCCAACCAUCACAAUCAUUCACCUCCACCACCGCCGAGACAUCGCCAAAUCCAAGGGCACCACUUCAACCUCAACAAGUCUCACCAAACUUGAACUCAAGCCCCCAGCCGCUGCCGAACACUAAUCCAACACCCGCCCCAAACCCAUCCCCAAUCACACCACCACCACAGCCAGUCCCAGCCAAAAAACGCCGCGGCCGCCCACCCAAGCCCUUAUCCGCUCGCAAACCACCCGCACCACGCACCAUCAACCUAAAACCCACCCUCCGCCAAGAGCGAAGCUACUCCCGAGACAAAAAGCUCCAAGUCAUCACCUUCCUAGCCCAAACCAAGCUCCCACGCACACGUGAAGGCCCAGCACCUCGCCGUCGCCAGGGUGCCGCUGAAACCGAUGCCGAUCCCGCCGAGCUUGGGCUGAACCCUUCACUCACAUACCGUGACGUGACCCUCAAAGAGGCCAGCGAGUUCUUCAAGAUCCCGCAUAGUACCAUUGAGGGGUGGUGGCGGCGUCGGGAGGAUAUUUUGCAGGGUCAGGGCCGGAAGAGGAAGGGGAAGGGUGGUAAGGGUAAGGCCGAGGCGAGGAGAGUAAGAGUUGGAGACUUGGAGUUGGAGGAACAACGGCAGGAUGGAGACGUGGGGAGAACAUGACAACAGCCUGGAUCAUCCAAAGCAUUACGGAUAGCAAGCCCCUUUCCACUCCUUCCACCUA